AAUACUGCAUGCGCAGUGUGGACUCGAGCCGUAAAUCAAUAUAACCGAGCGCACACACACACACACACACACACACACGCACGGAGGAGAAUAUAAAGUUAGUUUUUGACACUGUAUUUACUGACACUUUAAACCGGUUAUUUAAUUGUUUUCGUUUGAAGUUUGGACCGGAGACUGUGUGCGCGUGCAUAACCGUCAAUAAUAACGCGGUCCUUUUUUGGAGCUGAACCUCUGGGCAUCUGUGGUUUAGAUUUUUUUUCUGUGUGAAAAUCUUCUCACUCAUAGAAACAUAGACAGUGAUAUUUCAUGAUCUCACUUCCUGAAGGUUCCAUUCAUGAAAGCAUAAUAGAGUUGAAUAGAGCUGUACAGAAUAUCUCACCUCCUACGGGAACUCCCCUCUCAAUGUAAAGGAAGUAGUUUGUGUUGUUGCUAUGCCGAUCCUGAAGCAGCUGACCUCAUCUGGGGCAAAGCGCCGCUCCCACUCUGACCUGACAGUGAAGAUGAUUAGCGCACCGCUUGCUGAUUUCCGCCAUACAAUGCACAUUGGUCGUGGAGGUGAAGCCUUCGGAGACACGUCCUUUCUCAGAGCACCACAAGAAUUAAGCAAUCAUGUGCAUAAAAACGUCCUUCUGCAUCCCAGCAUCAAAGGCAACAAACGCUCACAGUCUGAGCGAAACUCCAAGGCUACGAGUUACAUGCUAACCGCUAACAGUGCAUGCUCUCUUCCUUAUGAGAUUGAAGAUCAGGACUUGAAGCUCCAUCUUCCACAGAGCACCUCCUUAAACUUUCUGGAAAGGAAAGGAAGAACGUCAGGGAUUGGUGGGCAGAGCUUAGAGUUGAAGGAACAGCGUUUCGGGGAGCUGAGCGAACUCCCCAUGUUCACACCAUCCUCUGGUAAAGGAAUGAAACGUUCAGAGUCCAUUCUAUCCUUCCACAUCGACCUCGGGCCCUCCAUGCUCGGAGAUGUCCUCAGUGUCAUGGAGCAGAAGCAGAAAGACCUCACAGAAAAUCAGAGGCAGGAACAGAAGGUGCCAUGUGUGUCUACAUUUAGCUCUGUAUUAAAUGGGGAGAAACCACAAAUAGCACAUGAGAUUAAGACAUGUAGCAGCAUACACAGCAUUAACAUCAAUGACAACGACUUCCUGUUCAUGGAUGAGGAUGAGAUCAGAGUAUAAAGACUAUUUCAUCCACACAUAUGAGGUGAUAUCAAAAGGUAUGGGAACCCGCUCUGUUUACAAGAAAGUACUUUAUUUAUCUAAGUUUUCACUCUGUCAUCUUCAAAAUAGUUAUCUUGUACAGUAAUACAGCGCCCCCAGUGUUCUGAAAGUCUUCUUUACAAAGCGCGUCAAGCACCUUUAGUGAUUUGCGCCUGAUCUCAAAACGGCCUUUGAACUGGAUCUUCAUCUUCUGGAAGAGGGCGAAGUCCACAGGAGUCAAAUCUUGAGUGUGAAAGUGAGACAGCGAGAAACUCGCGUGUGAGGAGCUCGGUGACGGUGCACACCUGGUCAGAAAAGCAGCUGUGGUGAGGUACGUGGUCAGAAUAGCACCAGUUGCACAGCUCCUGAUGUACACAAGCCCAUGUCUUUUGGCACACUGACUUAAGGUUCUCCCUGUGACUUGUGCUGCCAUCUGUUAGAAUGUUACAAAACUAGUUUAGAAACUUUUUGAUACCACCUCAUACAUCAAAGAGCAUCCUGACGGAAUGCACCAUCAGUCAAGCUAGACUUUUAAAUGAAGUGUGAUGUUUGGGACCAUUUAAAUCCUGGUGCACGUGCGCACACACACACACACACACACACAGACAGACAGACACACAUACAUAUACAUACACACAGACACACACAUACAUAUACAUGUUUGUGUUGAUUUGAUUUGAU